AUGACGAAGACGUCGCUGCCAGGGGUGGACGAGUCAGGCGAGUUCGUGCUGGCCAACGAAAUCGUACGAGCGUUAAGUGCAGGCGGGCUGGACAAGUACACCGAGGUCUUCACGCAGGAGGAAAUCGACCUCGAGUCCUUCCUCAUGCUCAACGACACCGACCUGCGCAACAUGAACAUCCCAACCGGGCCACGGAAAAAGAUAUUGAAAAAGAUUCAGCACCUUCGGGACAAGCACCCCAACCUCCUCUCCUCCUCGCCCGGCUCUCCCGCCGGCGGCUUCUACCUGCGCUCCCCGCCCUCCUCGCAGCCCUCCUCCCUCUCCUCGUCGUGCUCGCCGCCGUCUCCCGCCUUCUCCUCCACCUCCUCCGCGCGCAGCUCUCCCGCUUCGUCAUCUUCUCCAUCGCCCAGCGCCGCCUUGGCCACUGCAGUGGCGACAACGACAACAACCACGACGACCACGACGGGCUCCCUGUCCAUCCCCGCCUCGACGCCUCCGCCCUCGCCGAUCGUCUCGCCGCUGCUGCACUUCCCCGCACCAUCGCACUACAGCGCCAUCAACGACGACGACCUGCAGAAGGGGCGCAGCCUGAGUGUCGACAAUCUGGGUCGACAGGAAAUUGAACCGAGGGCUGCGCACCGGCGAGACCAUGCCGGCGGCGGCGGGCAUCCCAUCAAGCGAUUCAUGAGCGAUUCACCGACGACCACCCGCUUGCUCGGCUCAGCGCACCACGGCGCGAUGCCCGCCACGACUCCGCCGCAGCCCAGGCGCGCGCCGAGUCCGGGCCAGAUCGCAUCAUCAGCGACUGCAGUGGGAUCGACGGGGCAGCAGCGCAAGCUCAGCCUCCCGCCGCCGAAUCACGCCACGGCGCCGUAUGACCGACCCGAGAACGACGCGAUCGACCCAACGUCGGCCGGCAGCGCCUACGCGGGUCUGGGCUCUGCGCGCAAUUCACCGGGCGGCGGUCGCCAGCGAGCGUUCGCGCUGAGCUACCUGCCCAAGGACUCGACGUCUGAAUUCAACUCCGCGGAAUCAAAAAAGAGCGAAAACGAAAGCGCGGCUAAGCAGCAACUGAACACGACGACAACGACGACAACGCCGACGCCCACGUUGGCGUCGACGGCCUCCUACUCGGCAGUGGAAGGCGGCAAAGCAAAGCAGCAGGGGGAGCCCGUGGUCGAGCUGAGGCUCUCCUCAUCGCAGCCCAACCGCUCGUUCAUGCCACGUGACCGGAUCGAGAGUCGCAUCCUGCGGGCCAAGUGGGAAAUCGAGUUCGACGAGCUCGUGCUCGAGGAGAAGAUCGGCUCCGGCAACUUUGGCAUCGUGUGGCGGGCCAAAUGGCGGAACAGUCCGUGCGUGGUGAAGAGGCUCAAAGACAAGGCCAUCCAGGAGAAGCUGCUCCAAGAGUUCCGAGAGGAGUCUCGCGUGUGGAUGAAUAUUCGUCCGCACGCCAACGUGGUGCAGUUCCUGGGCGCCAGCAGCAAGGUCCCCAAUAUUUGUAUAGUAACCGAAUACCUGCCACUCGGCGACGCGCGCCAGCUCGUCAAGAGCCAAUCCAUCCCGCUCAAGUCCAAACUCAAUCUGCUUCUCGGCAUUGCCGCUGGCGUGUGCCACCUCCAUAGGGAGGGUGUCGUGCACCGAGACCUGGCUUGCCGCAACGUGAUGGUCACCAAGAACGUCAACGGCGAAUACGACGCCAAAGUGGGAGACUUUGGGCUGUCGCGGCUGGGCCAGGAGGGCAUCUACGCGUCGUCCACGGGAGAGGGGCCGCUCAAGUGGAUGCCGCCCGAGGCCAUCAAUCCCCACCAACGAAUCUUCUCCCUGAAGAGCGACUCGUGGUCGUUUGGUGUGGUGGUGUGGGAGAUCCUCAUGGACGGCGCCGAGCCUUUCGGGAACGACGACGCAGUCACGGCAGGCCUGCGGAUACUCAAGGGAGACCGGCUUCAGCUUCCCGCCCACACGCCGGCUCCAUUGGCCGCGCUUGUGAGGGACUGCUGGCGCGAGAGCGAUGAGCUGCGGCCCGACUUUGACGUCAUCUGCCGCAGAAUGCAGGACAUCUGUAACUCCUACGUUGCCGACGCUCAGCAGCCAUCGCCGCCGCCACAGGUCGAAGCCGUUCCCAAGCCCGAGCUCGGACCGAAGCCCUUCGGCAAGACCCUGGCCCAGCUCGAGGGCUCCAACAACGGCGCUCGCCGCGCCAACGAAAUGGUCGAGCUCAUGAUCAAGAAGGGCAUCAUCACCGACUCCCCCGAGAAGAAGCAGCAGCCCGCGUGGAGCGGGGGCAUGUACGACAAGAUCGGAACGACAGCUGCCGUCGACUGCGGCGGCAGCUAUGGGCGCAUCAGCGAAAGCGUUGGCGGCAACAACGGGUCGUACGGCAGCAUCUCUGCCAACAACCCGGCGGCCAGCACCGCGCAUCCUCCGAGCGGUCUGCGCGACCCCAGGCGAGCCAGCUUCAACCUCGGGGCCGGCCGCGCUUCGCACCAGGUGCCAGCCGCCGCGGCCGUCGGCAACACAACCCUGGGUGCUGAUGUCAGCGACGACGGCGGCGGCAGCGACAGCGCAGCGCUGAAGCGGAGCGACCCGACCAGCCCCGUGCGGCAGCGCCCCCGAUCCGUGGCGCUCAGCGCCGACUGCCUUCCGGGCAAUAACCCCGAUUGGCGCUACCAGGCGCAGCAGGGCGGCGUGCAGCUGAGCGGCCGCAUGAGCCUCCGUCUCAACAAGCAGCCGGCCAUCGCCCAGUCAGACGGCCCGGCCUCGCAGCCUUCUGUUAACUGUGGUGAGGCGGACAAGCCGCCCACCGCCCGGAAGGCGUGGUUCGCCGUCGAGUCGGGCAAGAGCCGCGGCGACCGCGAGAGCACCGGGAUCACGCUUGGCAUGCUGGGCCAGCGCCGGUCGUCGCUCUCGCCCAGCUCCAGCUCGUACGACGGCGCUUUCGCGUUGCUGUGCGAGCGCGAGGUCUAUCUCAUCAUCCACUACCUCGACGCCGCGUCGCUCCGCAAUCUCUCGAUGACCUCGCGGCAGUGGCGCCAGCUGUACGGCUCGCCGGCCCUGUGGCGCUUCCUCUUCAAGAAGCGCCAGCGCGCGACGGGCGUCGACGGCCUGGUCCUGCGGCGCCGACGACGGAGCACCCUGACCAAGAACGAGAGCGGCGAGAUCGAGACCCGACGGCGCCGACAGAGCUACGAGGCCUCGGCCAGCCACGGCGUCCGCGACACCGAGCUGUUCGCCCACUUCGUCACCAAGCUCGCCACCCGAAGCCUGCAGUGGCCGCAGCAGCAGGCCGACGAUGGGGCGGCCGCGCAGUCUACGCCGCUGGCGAGCGGCUUCAGCUGGCAUCGGCUCUACGUGGCCUACUUCGAGCCCUGGAAGCUGCCCUCCACCACCGGCGCGCUCCUGGGCUUGGGCGACCCCAUCACCCCGCGCGGCAGCAGCGGCAGUGGCGGAAGCGGUAGCGGGCGCAGUUCGCGGGAGCCGAGCAUGCGCGAGCCCUCGGUUCCCUGCAUCACGAUCGGUCAGCGGACCGCCGACCCGCUCCCCUUCAAGAUCGGAAUGUAUGGAAUGGAUGGCGUGGAGAUCACGUCCCUCGUCACCUCGUUCGUCGAGCAGAGCCUGCCGCGCAGCCGUAGUGGCAGCGGAAGGAUGUACGUGGGAGGCGCCGCGUCCUCGUUUUCGAUGGCCAAGUUGCUGAGCGAGACUGUGCUCCUCUCCAGCGCCCAAGCCGCGCUGGGACCCGUGACCACCGUCGGCCUCACCCAAACGCACGCCGUACAGACGCUCGGGGACGUGAAUCCACGCGCGGCGAAUCAGUCGCAGCAGGGCUCGUACAGGGUGGAGAGCGAGGUCGACGGCCUCCGAUCGUUCUUCGACGUCAACCUGGCCACCUACGCCAAGGACAACUCGCGGUUCCAGAAGCUCGCCGACCGCGAGCUGUUCUGCCUGUGCUACGACCCGCACGACCUCCACUCGUUCUUCUUCGCCAUCUCGCUCUUCUACGAACUCUUUGACGACGACUUCGACGCCGACGGCGGCCUGCGCAUUCCGCCGCUGUUCCUGGUGGCACGGUCAACGAUCACGACGCCUACCGCCCCGACCGCGUCAUCGGACUGUACGACAGUGACGGUGCGCGAGGGCAAGAUGCUGGCCUCGAUCCUAUGCUGCCCGUUCUACGCCCUCGCCGCCCCGGCCCACGGCAUGACUGACGCCGAGAGCCUGCGUCUGCUCUUCCACUCCAUGGCCCGCGAGGUGCGGCUCACGCGCGAGGGCUACGCCACGCGCUUCCGCAAGUCCGCCAGCCCCGGCGCCUCUUCGUCGUUGUCGUCGUCGACGGCGCAGUUGAUGGCGAGCGGCAACCACUACGGCUCGCUGCUGCGGGAGAGCCAGAGCGGGCGCGUGAUGGUGGUGAAGGACGACCUCUACAUCGGGCAGGUGUCCGAGAAGACCCAGGAGCGGUGCGGCGUGGGCAUCGCGUGGAUGAAGGCCUCGCGCGAGCUCUACAUGGGCGAGUGGCGCGACGACAUGCCGCACGGGUGGGGCGUGCUCUACUCGCCGCGCGAUGGUCGGCGUGUGUGGGCCGGCAGCUGGAUGGCCGGACGCGCGCUCUCGUCGGCCGUAGACCUGGCGCUGGACGUGGCGCCCUCCUCACCGUCCAACAACCCACGACGCAGCAAGUGA